AUGGUACACAUUACAGUGAUUCAGCUCGUUGAUUCAAGUACCUAUAAUAUUGAAGAUAAUGGCGACAUAAGUUACUUUUUUGAUGGGGUUGAUAAUAACAAAAACAUUGACGACAAGAUUGGCGAUCAUCUUGCUCAAAAUACAAAUGAGGAUAAUGAGUACAAUUACGUAUAUUUUGACGCUAUCGAAAAACCUGAGAAAAUUGAAGGCAAGAUUAACGAUCCUCAAAUUCAAAAUACACAUGAGGACUAUGUGUUUAACUACGUAUACGAUGACGCUACCGAAAAACCUGAGAUAACUGAAGGCAAGAUUAACGAUCCUCAAAUUCAAAAUACACAUGAGGACUAUGUGUUUAACUACGUAUACGAUGACGCUACCGAAAAACCUGAGAUAACUGAAGGCAAGAUUAACGAUCCUCAAAUUCAAAAUACACAUGAGGACUAUGUGUUUAACUACGUAUACGAUGACGCUACCGAAAAACCUGAGAUAACUGAAGACAAGCUUAACGAUCCUGAUGAUGCUGGGAAGAAGAAAGGUAACAAUGCCAACAAAAUCCAUUCAAUAAUUUAA